GUGUGUGCUGCUUUAAGAAAAAGUCACGUGACUGACACUGCUGCUGUGUCGCUCAUUGCCAAGGCGCCAAACUGUGUUUAUAAGGUAUCGACUCUGCAUCUGUCAACGGGAUGAGUCGCCGUGAAAAGAAGAAAAUUACCAUUUCAAAGAUAAAACAAGACAUCCCUCUCUCCAUCAAGAAAAUGGAGCCAGAGAGAAAAAGAAAAGUUUCUGUUGUGUGGGAUCAUUUUGAUCUUUUAACUGCAAAUAAGGUGCGUGUUUGUCUUUCCUUGUUUCUGCGCAUCUGUCAGAGUUGAAUACAGCAAUGUGACUGACUCUUAGUGUAAAUUAUUUAUUUAAUUUUAUUUAGGUUAAAUGUCGCAUCUGCUCAGCGGAGUUGUCUUAUACAAACAAGAGCACUUCCUCAAUGCUGAGACAUUACAGUCGAGCAUGAAAAUGAAGAGGAAGCAAAUACACCAAGAAUGAACACAGAAUCUAGGAAGAUUGCUCUGGACCAAGCAGUCCUGAAUUUUAUUAUAAAGGACUGCCAACCCCUGAGCAUUGUGGAGAGUGAGGGGUUCAGGGGGUUGAUUCAGGUCCUUGAUCCAUCUUAUGCUUUGCCAACCAGAAAGACGGUUAAGGAAAUGAUGGCCAAAAAGCAUGCAGAGGAACUCGAGCGAGUAAAAAGGGAAGUACAGCAAGCUGUGGCAGUGAGUAUAACAGCUGACAUGUGGACCUCCUUGAGCAUAGAGGCUAACUUAGCUCUUACCUGUCACUACAUCAAUGAUAAUAUGCAGUUGUGUACAUCUGUGUUGCGAGUCAAACAUUUUCCACAAAGUCACACUGCUGACAAUCUGGCCCAAGUCAAAAGGGGCAUGAUGGAUGACUGGGCCAUAACAAAUAAGGUAAGGUGUCUUGUGACCAACACAGCACCAAACAUGAUAGCAGCAACACGAACUCUUUAAAUUCGACAUUCAAUCUGCAUUGCACACAAACUAAAUUUAAUAGUCAGAAGAUCCUGUGAUCAGAUCCCUGAACUUUCAUCCAUAAGACACAAAUCUAGGCAGAUUGUAUCAUUCUUCAGAUCCAGCACCACAGCAAAAGAGAAGCUUGCUCAAGUGCAGCAACAGAUGGGACGGCCCACCUUGAAACUUGUCACUGAGGUACCAACACGUUGGAACAGCACAUAUCCGAUGCUGUCACAGCUACAUGAUGAGAAAGAACCAGUGUGGGUGUCUCUUGCCUCUCUCCAAACAGAUUUAACUCCACUCACAGCUGAUGAGUUUAACAUCUUAAGGGAAGCACUUCUUGUGCUGGCCCCUUUCCAUCAGGCCACAGUGGAGUUGUCUGAGGAGAGGAGAGUUUCAGGAUCAAAGGUCAUCCCGAUGAUGAAAAUGCUAAAUUGUGCACUUGAGCGGAACUCUACAUCUACACACACAAGCAGCCACACAUCUCCAUGAUCAACUUAGACGUUGCGUCACAGACACUGCUUCCAAUCUGGAGUCAUUAAGUGUGUUGACCCUAUCAACACUUUUAGACCCCAGAUUUAAAACACUUGGAUUUCGUAGUUCCUCCAAGUGUAGUGAGGCUGUCAAUCACCUGAGAAUGGAGUGUGCUGCAAUAAUUGCUCACACAACAUUUGAGCCACAGCCUGGACCUUCAUCAGAGCAAGUUACCCACUUCAGGCAAGUUGUUCAGUAUUAUCAGCUUAUUUUCACAUUUGUUUUGUUGCUAAUGUGUAUUAAUACAGAAUAGAUCACAAAAACUAAAACUUCUAUGUAUUUUUUAUUAUUUCAGAUAAUCUGUGGCAGCAGCUUGAUCAAGAGGUUGGCAGACAAACCACCAAUGCAACAGCUGACUCUAUCCUUGAGGUCCAGCGCUACUUAGCAGAGGGAAACAUUUCAAGACAAGAAAAUCCAUUAACAUACUGGGGGAACCGGAAGACAUCCUACCCAAACCUUUUCCACCUGGCUUUACAGUUUUUGUAUACCCCAGCUUCUUCUGUGCCCUGUGAACGCGUGUUUUCAAAAGCUGGUGAAAUGGUGUCCAAAAACGCAAUAGACUCAAUGCCAAAACAUUGGAUGAAUAUUUUUCUGAAAAAAUAAAUAAAUAAAUAAAUAAAUAACAACAACUUUUUAGUCAAUGACACUGAAAUGGGUAAUAUCGCAUUCACAACACUGUCACUUUAAUUGUCACUUGGUAUCAUUCACAGAAUAUUUUGAGGUGUAUAUAUUUUAAAUUUUGAAGUUUAAAGUAAUACCAUAUGAAGUAGGCCUACAAUAGCUUACAGUGUAUACAAGUAUGAUUAGGUCAUUGAAUCAGUGUCUGUUGUGUCUCCAGUAUGCUGACUGCAAAUAUAUUUAAAGUCCAGUAGGUGUCAGUAUAGAGCAAACAGCAGCACUGUGUCGACACAGUAUCAAUACUAUUUGGGGAAUGUGCUGAAACGCUUCAUGAGGCUUCAUCUACCCAUCACUACCUUUACCUUUAACAUGCUUGUGUAUAAUCUUCUUUCUAAUCUGCUGAGACAACUCUUUCCUUUGCUUCCUCUCAUCCAUAAACACAGUGACUACCUGGAACCGUAUAUAUUGGCCCACUGACUGAUUACAUGAUUGUAGUCACCUGUGAUGGUAAUUAGUGAACACACCUUGAAUUAACAUGUCUCUUUGGACACAUUAUUUUUGGUCUUUCCUAGGGGUACCAUCAUUUUUGUCCCGGACUGUUCCAUGAGUUUCAUUUUUAACCAAUUCCACUGAAGCAUGGUUGAAAAGCAACAUCUGACUGUCACUGGUUACAUUUCAUAGAAUUUAUAUUUAUUAUUACUUUUGUCACAUUCAAGUUAUUUCUGUGACUAUUGUGGGUUUUUCUUUCAUUGGCCAAAGGGUACCAUCAUUUUUUUCGUUGUCUGUAUACGUUACUUCCCCAGCAAUAAACACUGAUCUAAGAUCAGUGAAGAGCGUCCAUAAACACCAAACACUGUUUAAAACAGAAUUUUAAACUAGACUGGUGAUAUUAAGAAAUCUGUUUGCAGAAUCAACAAGACAAGCUCUUUGAUCUGUAGACAAAGUGUCUCCCUGAAGAGUAAUUCUCAACAUAAACUCGUGCAUUCAUUGUUCAACUAUCUCUCACCUAAUGUAUCCUCUGUAAUCUCCAACCUUCAAGUAAAAAUGGACCAGGCUCUGAAGAUGGAUGCCCAGGUCAAUAACACAGUUAAAUCAUGUUUUUUCCAACUAAGACGCAUUUCGAAACUAAAGCACAUCCUGAGUGUCCGUCUUCUGAAAUCUGUGGUCCACACUUUCAUCACCUCAAGGCUGGAUUACUCUAACUCCUGCUUAUACGGCAUCAGUAAAUCAGCUCUUUCUAGACUUCAGCUGGUCCAGAACUCAGCAGCUAGGUUGCUGACUGGAGCUGACAGAAGACAACACAUUUCUCCAAUUCUGAAAUCUCUCCACUGGUUGCCCGUGCAGUUUAGGAUAAAUUUCAAAAUUAUGCUUCUGACUUACAAAUCCUUGAACCAUCAAGCUCCUCCAUAUCUGUGUUGUCCAUUACUACAACCCGCCGCGUGCUCUCAGGUCUGAAGAUAAGCUCCUCCUAGCUGUUCCGAAUGCACGUUUAAAAAGCCGUGGAGAAAGGGCUUUCUCUGUCUGUGCACCGAAGCUGUGGAACGCAUUACCGCUGCUAGUGAGGCAAGCAACAACAGCUAGCAUUUUUAAAUCACGCUUGAAAACUCACUACUUUAACCUAGCUUAUACAACAUAAUUAUGACCAUCACUUACAUCUGCAUUGUUUAAAAAUUGACUUCACAAUAUCAACUUCCGUACUAUUGAGGUUCUUUUUUUAAAAUGUUUUUCUAAUUUUUUUUAUUCUCCCUGUGUCUUAUUGAUUUUUAGCUGUUAGUUUUUGGGAAUUUUGUUGUAUUUCCUUUUUAUCUUUUAUCUGUGUUUGACAUGUUUGUAUAUCGCCUGUUUAAUUAACUAACAUUUUUAGUGUACAGCGCCUUGUUUGGUUGUAAUGCCUUGUGAAUGCGCUUUAUAAAUAAAAUUGGAUUGGAUUGGAUUGUUGAUAACUUUAAUGUCCAUAUGGUCUGUGGUUAAAAAAAACAAUGCUGUAAAACAGCCAAACAAAAAAGCAAAAUAGCUCAAGAACCUGAUAGUGGCUCGGUUUCAGA